AAUCGCUUUGAUUUCUUCAUCAUAGUUGGUGCCCAGCGUUUCCGGACCAUUCACGCUGACCUGAUCAACGAGAUCCAAGGAAUGAGCAAGAAGUUUUACUUUGUGCGUAGCAACACAGACCUUGAUCUGGAAGCAUCCAAGAGGCAACGGCCUUCUGAUUACAACGAGGAGAAGAUUCUCCUGAGAAUCAAGGACGAUUGCCAUGAGGGACUGCGGAGAGAAGGAGUGACCAAUCCACAAGUCUUUCUAGUAUCCAGUUAUGAAACCAGCCGCUUUGAUUUCCCCCUCCUUUGGGAAAAGCUGAAGAAUGAUCUCUUAGGGCUGAGGAGGAAAGCUUUUCUGCUCAAUUUGCCCAGCAUCUACCUGCCAGUCUUGAACAACAAGAAAACUGCCAUGAAGAAGCAGAUUCUAACCAGAGCUUUUUGGUUGUGGAUUUUUGCUGCUAUUCCCAUCCCAGGCCUCUCCUACUUUCCUGCCAGAAAGGUCCACUCCUGGUGUUAUCAUAACUUUGGCCUAGGUGAUCCAUCACUCACAGAUCUUUCUCAGCUGGUUGGGAAGACAGCAGCCACCCUUAAAGCAGUAAUGAAGCCCCUGUCUUUCACCUCUGUGGUUCUGUGGGGCUUUGCAGAAUUGGUUAGAGCUGUGGUGAUAAUAGACUUUACCCACUACAAGCAUUUCCCACUCUACGGAUACCUACUAUCAGGAGGAAUUUCACUUCUUUCCAUCUAUGUCAUGUUAAAUAAAUUUGUUUCCAAUGCUACCAACAACACCCAAAGAGUUCUGACUGAAGCUCUGAUGUGUGAGGAGAAGAAGUCAAUUUAGC